AUGGACCCAGCCAGCCAGGCGCUCGCGCAACGUCUGCCUAAGGGUGUGCGUGAUACAUGUGCUGCUCGAUCAGAGCACGGCGAUGUCCCUAUCUCAACUCUUAUCCACCGUAGGCUCGGGCGACGCUCACGAGCAGAGCAGGCUCAGAGCCAGCAGUACUUGCCUCGAGAGGAGGAGAAGGCGCUUGUAAAGUUCCUGCUACUGAUGUCUAGUCUCGGACAACCUGUGCGGGUUAAGUAUCUUCGCUCGCUAGCCUUCAGCAUAGCCCGCCAGCGGUCCACGAAGAAGUCGAUCAAGCGUCUAGAGAAGAACUGGCCACGAGCGUUCGAGAAGCGUCACCCCGAACUCCAGGCGAGAAGGCAUCCAUGUGUACUGUUAGAAAACGUGUACAACAUAGACGAAACUAGAGUCAUGCUAAGUAUGCUUGGCUCCACAAAAGUCUUAGUUGGCAAGGACGAUCGACAAGGUAUUAGAGGUGCGGGUGUUAAGCGCACUAUAGUAACUGCUAUUGAGUGCAUUAGUGCUGACGGAAGGGCCCUCUUGCCACUCAUUAUAUGGCCAGCUUCGACCCAUCGCAGCAACUGGACCACGCACGAAACCCCUGGAUGGCACUACGCGCACUCAGAGAAUGGGUACAACGACUCUAAGAUUAGCUUGGAGUGGCUUAAGCAUAUUGUUAGCAAAGAGCAUUUCACUUAUCUCUAUAGUUCUGCAAGAGAUCGCGCACUAACUAAAAGGAACAUCAGAGCUGGGUGGUCUGCAACUGGCUUGUUCCCUUUUAACCCAGAACGAGUGCUCAGAGAUCUCCCUAAACCUCCAGCGGAAGUAAGCAACAUAUUAGCUCUAGGAGCCGAGAUUGUGAGCACUGAUGUGCUGGAUGAUGUGCUGGACGAUGUGCCCCGUACACCUACCACGCCAGUAACAACAGUGACGACAGAAGCGCUUACGACACUGCACGAUCUAAUUAUAAAGGACACACACGCGCUCGAAAAGACGAUAUCGUUCGCCGAGCAGGCCCUUCUUAAAGAUCGUAAUUACUUCUUCCUUCAGAUUAACCGAGAAGCCAAAACCCGCCAGUCGACAAAAUCUGUAGUUCUAGGCAAGGCUAAGGUAAUGAAUUUCGAAGACCUUGAGGAGGCUAGGGCAAAGCGUGCUGCGAAGGAGCAUGUUUUCGCAAGCAAGCCGAAGCGUGGGCGCAAGCGCAAGAGCGACGCGCUAGAAGGAUCGACGGUCCUGCCGUCGCCAAAGCCCAAAGUAUUAGUAGUGCAACAGAUCGAUGCGCCUGAACUAACGCGUGCGCCGGUAUCUGCAUGGAGAGCGCCUGUAGCUAGGAUGUACUAG